AUGACGCGUCGAACUCUGCACCGUGGAGCGAAAACGGACGCGGAAAAGCAGAGAAUCGGCGCGAGUGACGUGGCGGCGAGAAAAGAGAACGAGCAGCUGAGGCGGAAGGUGGCGGCUCUGCAGGCGAUGCUCAAGAAUCGCGAUGAACUGCUCAGCGACGCGAAGGAGGAUCUGAAGAAGGAACGGCAACGGAAUAUGGAUCUGACGAUCGAGAAGGGCGAUCUGGAGGGCCGCAUCGAGCGGAUGGAGGAUCGGAUUGCCGAGAUGGAGGAGAAGAAGACGUCGACUACGACGACGAGGACGACGAAGAAGAAGAAGAAUCAAGAAAAGAAGGGAGCGGUGCUGACGACGAGGAGUGUGUUGGUGACGGUGGAGGAGAUCGAAAACGAGUACAAAAUGUGA